AAUGUAGCAUUUUAGUAGUAUUUUAUACGCACCAUCUUCUUCAUCUUGCUUCCUUGUAAUCUACUCAUCUAGACAUGGCAGCUUCACUACAGAAACCCCUCUCCAUAAUCAUUUCCAUUCUCGUACUCUUUUUACAUCUCGUCGCCGCUGAAAUUGAAGUUUCAGAAGCUGAUGCUCUUCUCAAAUGGAAGUCAACUCUUGAUAAUCAAAGCCAAUCCUUCUUAUAUUCUUGGAACUCGAGCAAUUCCUGCGAUUCUUGGUUCGGUCUGCACUGCAAUCCGGCCGGAAGUGUGACCAAUAUCAGCCUGAGAGAUACUGGUUUAAAAGGUACUCUUCAGAGUUUCAGCUUCUCAUCUUUUCCUAAUCUCAUCAGGUUUAAUAUUAGUAAUAACUCAUUUUAUGGAAAACUUCCUGAAGCAAUUGGAAAUUUAACCAAGCUUGAUGUUCUUGAUAUCUCUGUUAAUGAAAUCUCUGGUCCAAUUCCUGAUGAAAUUGGGAUGCUUAGAUAUUUGAUGUAUGUUGACAUAUCCAAUACUUUUCUUAACGGUUCAAUCCCUGCCACUAUUGGAAACCUGACACAAUUGCCAAUUUUGUACAUUCAUUUGUGUCUAAUUUCUGGUUCAAUACCUGAAGAAAUUGGACUAAUGAAAUCUGCCACUCAAAUUGAUUUGUCAACAAAUUCUCUCACUGGUUCAAUCCCAACUUCUAUAGGAAACUUGACAAAUCUGUCUCUUCUUCAUCUGAAUCAGAAUCAACUCUCAGGUUCAAUUCCUCAGGAAAUCGGAAAAUUGUCGUCAACUCUUACUGAAAUAGCUUUCUCAUACAAUAAUCUCACUGGUCCGCUCCCAUCUUCGUUAGGAAAUUUAACUAAUUUAACUGCUCUUUAUCUUAGUAAUAACUCGUUUACCGGGUCAAUUCAAGUAAUCGGAAAGCUGACAAAACUAACCACUCUGUUUCUUGAAUUUAAUCAAUUUGCUGGACCUUUGCCUUUAGAGAUGAACAAUUUUACCUCUUUGCAACUACUUGUAAUAUAUGCUAAUAGGUUUACUGGACCUUUACCGGAUGAUAUAUGUAUUGGUGGAAGCCUGAUUGCUUUGGGUGUUAAUCAUAAUAAUUUUACCGGUCCCAUUCCGAGAAGCCUGCGGAACUGUAGCACCUUGGGGAGAGCUCGACUCGAGGCAAAUCAACUGUCAGGAAAUAUAUCUGAAAGUUUUGGGGUAAAUUCGGGAUUGAGGUAUUUGGAUUUGAGUGGUAAUAGAUUAUAUGGUGAGCUUUCAUGGAAAUGGGAAAAUUUCGGGAACUUAGCGACUCUGAUACUCUCUGAUAAUAACAUUUCUGGCAAAAUUCCGGCUGGAAUUGGAAAUGCAACUCAGUUGCAGUCACUUCAUCUUUCAUCGAAUCUGUUUACCGGAGAGAUUCCUAAGGAGUUGGGGAAAUUGAAAUUGUUGGAGCUUUCUCUUGAUGAUAACAAGCUUUCCGGUAGCAUUCCUGACGAAAUUGGAAUGUUAUCUGAAGUCACGAUUCUAAACUUGGCAGGAAAUAAUCUGAGCGGAGCAAUUCCUGAAAAACUUGGGGAUUGUACGAAACUAUUGUUUUUGAAUCUAAGUAAGAAUCGGUUUUCAGAGAGUAUUCCUUUCGAGAUUGGGAAUAUAGAUUCUCUUGAAAGUCUUGAUCUCAGUUACAAUUUGUUAUCGGAAAAGAUUCCACAACAGCUGGGGAACUUGCAGAGAUUGGAGGCAUUGAACCUCUCGCAUAAUUCUCUUACGGGUUCCAUUCCAGGAAGUUUUGAUACUUUAGAAAGCUUGACGGCGGUGGAUAUAUCCUACAAUGAGUUAGAGGGUCCAAUUCCGCGUAUUAGAGCCUUCCAACAAGCUCCAUUAACAUCACUUCAAAACAACAGAAACCUGUGUGGCAAUCACACAAAUCUACAGCCCUGUGUUUCUCCUACAAACACUGAACCUGGCAGAAAAGACCGAAAAACAGAGUUAAUUCUCAUCAUUGUUUCUGUCUUAUGCAGUCUGGUUUUAGUUCUAGUACUAAUCAGCGGUUUCUUCUUCCUCCACCGAAGAAAUAAAAGCAGAAAAGCUAUCUCGACUGAGUCAGAGGAGGCACAUGUUAUCGAUAUAAACCCCAUAUGGAGCGACGACAGGGAUUUGCAAUAUCAAAAAAUUGUCGAAGCAACAGAGGAUUUCGAUUCGAAGUAUUGCAUUGGAGUCGGAGGAUACGGAAUUGUCUAUAAAGCGGUUCUGUCAGAAGAUCGAGUGGUUGCUGUGAAGAAACUUCACGAAUUACAAAAUGGCGAAGAGUUAACUGAUAUGAAAGAAUUUAAAGGUGAAAUUUCUGUGCUCAUGAACAUUCGCCAUCGGAACAUUGUCAAGUUAUACGGAUAUUGUUCGCAUCCGAAAAACUCAUUCUUGCUCUAUGAAUUCAUAGAAAGAGGGAGUUUGAGAAAUGUUUUGAGCGAUGAAAAAGGAGCAAUUGAAUUGGAUUGGUUUAAGAGAAUAAAUGUUGUGAAAGGAAUAGCUAAUGCGUUGAGCUAUAUGCACCAUGACUGUUCUCCUCCGAUUAUUCAUCGAGACAUUUCGAGCAAUAAUGUUCUGUUGGAUUCAGAAUUUGAAGCUCAUGUCUCCGAUUUUGGAACGGCUAGAUUAUUGAUGCCUGAUGAGUCGAAUUGGACAUCUUUUGCAGGAACAUUUGGGUACACAGCUCCAGAGCUAGCAUACACGAUGGUCGUCAAUGAAAAAUGCGAUGUGUACAGCUUCGGUGUGAUAACAUUAGAGAUAAUAAUGGGAAAACAUCCGGCCGAUUUGAUCUCAUCGCUUAUGUCGACAUCUUCGUUGCCAUUGGCAGAUGAUGAGCACACACUCUUUAAGGACGUGAUCGACCAUCGACUUCCAUUUCCUGAGAAUAAAGCCGGUGAAGGAGUCGCAUAUGUCGCACAACUAGCACUCGCGUGCUUAAGUACCAAUCCUCAGUCUCGUCCGAGCAUGCGACAAGUUUCUUCGUAUCUCUCAGAUAGCUGGAUUCCAUUGUCGAAACCAUUUUCGGAAAUUAAAUUGGAAGAACUUUUUGGCUUAUGAACAUAGAAUUGAUACAUUACUAGGUUAGGUAAGCUUAUGGUUUUGAAAAAAGAAUGUUUGUAGCUGAUGUUUUCGUGUAUAUUGUACUCUAUAUUUGUUAAAGAUUUCAAAAAUGAUGCAUGAUGGCCAAAAAAACAA